AUGAGAUUCGCCUGGGCCAAGGCGGUGUUGCGCCCUGUGGGAGCGCCUCGCCGUAGGGCGCUGCAACGCCGCAACUUGCACCUCGCCCCCCCUUUCCUUCUCGACGACUACGUCCCGCGCUACCAGACCAUGACGUCCCGGGACGCCGCAAAGAAGCGGUCGCUCGCCUACGCGCACCUCCGCAACUGUAAUCUGUGCCCCCGGAUGUGUGGAGUCGACCGCUAUCAGACGACCGGCACAUGUCUGAUAGGACAUAACGUUAAGGUCAACGUUAUUGCGCCGCACUUUGGCGAAGAGCCGUGCAUCCAGGGCCACAAUGGCAGCGGCGCCGUCUUCAUGAGCGGCUGCAACCUGCGUUGUGUCUUCUGCCAAAACUACGACAUCUCACAUCGGCGCAACGGCAUGGACCUCACGCCCGAGGAGCUCGGCGAGUGGUACAUGAAGCUGCAGGAGGUUGGCGGGGUCCACAACAUCAAUAUCGUGACGCCCGAGCACGUCGUUCCGCAGGUCGCCUUGAGCAUCCUGCAUGCGCGGGAACUCGGCCUGCGGGUACCCAUUGUGUACAACACGUCGAGCUUCGACUCGCUGGCCUCUCUCGAGCUCAUGGACGGCCUGGUGGACAUUUACCUGGCCGACUUCAAGGUGUGGCGGAGCGAAACCUCGAACCGCCUGCUUAAAGCCGACGACUACGCCGCUACCGCCCGCGAGAGCGUCCGCGCCAUGCACGCGCAGGUCGGUGAUCUGUGCUUUACGGCAGACGGAAUCGCAAAGAGGGGCCUGCUCGUCCGUCACUUGGCCAUGCCGGGCAAGGAGGCCGAGGGUUCUGACAUAAUGCGCUUCCUGGCGUCCGAGGUGUCUGCCGACUGCUUCGUCAAUAUCAUGGAGCAAUAUCGCCCAGAUGCUCACGUGGGCAAGCGCAAGCGCGGCAAGGGCGCCAGCGAUGGCGUCCGGUACGCCGACAUCAAUCGACCGGUUGCGGAUGCCGAAGUCUUGUCCAUCCGCCAAGCCGCUACCGAAGCAGGGCUUUGGCGGUUCAAUGAGUCGCCACAACACGAUGGCUUCGCGAUAUGA